CACUAUUUCUCUAUUGGAUUCCGGUCAUCUUUUACAAACCCUAAUUAAACCCCGUCACCGUAAGUCUGAUCGGAAAAAAAUGAAUCGGCCGGCGACUUUGCUGGACGAAGCUCUAGGUUUCGACGACGGAGAAUCGAAUAGCCGGCAGCGACGGGUCGGACGCGUGUUUCUAGUGGAGGAUUGCGUCGAAACUAGCGGCGCGUUCGUGCUACACCACCUAAUAAAACGGUUUCUCUCUCCUAAUCAUUCAUCCUCCGACAGUGUCGUCAUUUUUGUAGCAUUCGCUCAACCUUUUUCUCACUACGACCGUAUCCUUCGUAAGAUGGGUUGCAACUUAGCUGUGCAAAGGGAGAAUAAAAGAUUGAUAUUCUUUGACAUGCUUAUGCUGGAGUGUCCAGAUGAUGAUGGGGUUGAAGGUGGAUUAAUUGCUUUGUAUGGAAAUAUUCAUAAAGCUGUGGAAGCCAAUUCAAUAAACAAAAACAUUACAAUUAUAAUCGAUGACAUUUCCCUUCUAGAAGUGGCUGCAAAUGGUUCUACAAAAGAUGUUCUAAAUUUUAUGCAUUACUGUCAUACAUUAACAACACAGUUUGGUUGUACAAUAAUCACAGUUAUUCAUGAGGACAUAUAUUCAAAUGGAGACGAAUUUACCCUUCCUAUACAAAUGGAGUACCUUGCUGACAUCACUCUAAAGGCAGAGCCUUUGGUCACUGGUUUGGCAGCAGAUAUUCAUGGCCAGUUGACAGAAGUCGAUCUUGAAAAAGAUUGUGGAAAAGCAUAUAAUGCGAUUGUCUUCAAGAAUGAAAGGAGAAGAUAAAAAGAGCUCCUGAUUUCAUCACUAUCUUAAUUACUUAAAUUCUAGAUGUACGCAUGUCUAACUCCUAGCACAAUUUUUAGUAUAUUCUGUAAAAGUAUAAUUAAAUAAAUAAAUUAUAUCGAAAGUUCGACCAUAAUCUAUGAACAUAUAAUACCAUCUAAUAAAAAGAAGAAAG